AUUAAGCCAAAUCCUAACAGCCGCACAGCAGUGACAGUGCCGCUCCGGGUACGGCAGCCUUCAGGCCGUGCACCGUCUCGGGGUUGGGAAACCGCUGACCUCUCUCCUCUCUCUCUGGGUGCCCAGGUACCGCCUGCCCUUCAGUCUGAUGCCCGUCCAGCCCUCCAACCACCUGGAAUGGAAUGAGUCUAUGCACUCCCUCCGGAUAAGUGUGGGGGGCCUUCCGGUGCUGGCGUCCAUGACCAAGGCGGCAGACCCCCGCUUCCGCCCCCGCUGGAAGGUGAUCCUGCCGUCCUUUGUGGGCGCCGCCGUCCUCUGGCUGCUCUACUCCCACCGCCCGCCCCCAGGCAGGCCCCCCAUACCCAACGCCCACAACUGGAGGCUCGGCCAGGCACCCGCUGACCGGUACAAUGACACCUACCCCCUGUCCGCCCCCCAGAGGACGCCAGGCGGGACUCGAUACCGAAUUGCAGUUAUUGCUGACUUGGACACGGAGUCAAGAGCCCAAGAGGAAAACACCUGGUUCAGUUACCUGAAGAAGGGCCAUCUGACCCUGUCAGACAGCGGGGACAAGGUGGCCGUGGAGUGGGACAAAGGCCACGAGGUCCUCGAGUCCCACCUGGCUGAGAAGGGACGGGGCAUGGAGCUCUCCGAGCUGAUCGUUUUCAACGGGAGACUCUACUCUGUGGACGACCGGACAGGGGUCAUCUACCAGAUCGAUGGCACCAAGGCCGUGCCCUGGGUGAUCCUGUCCGAUGGCGAUGGAACCGUGGGGAAAGACGCGGGCAGGGUCGCCACCUACAUCCUGGCCUUCACACUGGAUGGCCGCUUCCUACUGCCGGAGACCAAGAUCGGAAACGUGAAGUAUGAAGGAAUAGAGUUUAUUUAAAUUUACAAAAUUCAGACCAGCAAGGCCGAGAGGUGGACGGUGUUCAGCCAUCGGGACUCAAGUUUUCUAAAAACCAGAGGACUGCACUUUUCCGUGGUGUUUUGUUUUGCUUUUGUCUUUUCCUUUUCAGAGCUCAGGUGUGUGCCUGGUUCAGAGACCCUCCCCGCCCCCCAGAACAGGGAGGUCAGCCCCAGGGUGCGAGCAGCCGCAGGAGGGGGUUCCGCAGUGCGCAGUGCCGGGAAAGGGGCCGGGACAGUCCCCCUUGCGGCCACCUGUUCUGUGCACUGCCACCUGGUGGUGGGAGCUGGUCCCUGCGGGCGUCCUAAUCUGGGACCAGCCCUCCCUCCUGCCCACCUCCCUUUCUCUCCUUCCCUUUGUGCUUUCGUUUAAUAAAUGCUUCUUGAGCUCCUA